AUUUUAUUUUCCCAUUUUCAUCACCUUCACUAAGCACAAUUUAAUUUCAACUCCAGUUUCAAUAAUUUAUCAAUGGGUGCCGGUAGAAAGCUUCACGGUGAGAUCGAUCGAGUUCUAAAGAAAGUUCAAGAAAGUGUUGAUGUUUUCGACAGCAUAUGGAACAAGGUUUACAAUACUGAAAAUGCCAAUCAAAAGGAGAAGUUUGAAGCCGGCUUGAAAAAGGAGAUUAAGAAACUUAAAAGAUUCAGAGAUCAGAUUAACACAUGGAUACAUUUCAGCGAGAUCAAGGAUAAGCAGGCUCUGAUGGAUGCUUGCAAGAUUAUUGAGCGAGAAAUGGAACGAUUCAGGAUUUUUGAAGAGACAAAGACAAUCUCUUUCUCUAAGGAAGGAGUGGGACAGCAGCCUAAAACGGAUCCAGCCAAGUCAGAGACUAGAGAUUGGUUGAACAAUACGGAUGACCUUGUUGAUGCAAUUUUUAAUCCUAUUGAAGACCUCUUUGGACUUCAGGAUGUCGCCCAUUGCUCAUCAAUGCUUGAAGUGUCGUGGACGAGAUCGCCCAAGAAUGAAUUUGGUUGUGAAAGAACUAGAGAAAGCUUUGGUUUACCAACAAGUUCUUUUCCUGGAAUAAGGCAUCAAGUGGAUUUUGUGUUGGAAGUUGCCUUAACUCUGGAUGGAUGAUCACCCGAGACCUACACUUGUAAAGGGAAAACAAGAUCAGCUUGUUUGGCGGCUGUAUGAGGUAGCUAGUUCUGUUCUGAGCUAGUUCCAUAUGGGAUGAUAUAACUGUAGAGCGUCUGAAAGUUCAAAUAGCCAAAGUGAUUGGUAUAGUCGGUGUAUAUACUACCGCGGUAUGCCUUCCAAUUAUGGCUUGUUAUUCUGAGGAAAUUGCAGAUACAGAUAGGAUGCACAUGUAGCGACAUUAACACCAGCUAUAUAUCUUAUGCUCUUUGCAAUGCUUGCCCAUAACAUCUUUUAUUUAUUGUGGAUCUUCAACGUGAGAUGGAGUGAAUCUAUUGUUGAUGAUCGAUAAUGGAGACCUGAUGACGUUGGAGUAGAAUUGAUCGAAGAUAUUGAGGAUCUGAGACGUUGAAACAUAAUUUUUUGAUGAUGAUGGAGAUAUGAUGAUGCUGAAACAAAAUCGAUCGAUCGGUUAAGAUGUGAUGCUCAAUUAUGAUGGUAUGAUAUUGAAGAUAUUAGAUUGUUGAUGAUCGGUGGAUAUAAGAUCUGAUAUAUACUCAACAAUUGAGAUUUUAGGAAG